AUGUUAUUGAGUUUUUUGGGAUGUGAAGUUGUUGCAAAGGCUUUCAAGUUUAAACUGCACCUUAAAGUGCAAGGACAGGAGCUCUGUAAUACACAGCGCAAGGCGUACUGUCGUGAUAUUGACCCCAUUUUGCCAUUACCACAGAAUUCCGGUCAAUUUGAUUGCGACAAAACUAAAGCUGUCGGUUUCAGCGCAUCUGUGGUGGACAAUUUAAGGUACAAAGGUAUCUCAUGUAUCCGAUUAAACAACAUCAGGUCUUUAUUUCUGUCGCCUCGAGUGAUUUUUAACUUCUUGGGCAGCGUAGUCUGGAAUUCAAGCCGGCGCACCUAUCAAAAUUUGAAUGUUUUAUCCCAAAUUGAUCUGGUCAAGAUGUACCCGAAUAAAAAUUUAAGGCUUAAGGUUCAAUCUGCAGCAGAAAAGGAUGAGGGUGGACUCGGAGAAAAGUUCAAAUUUGUGCUCAUCGAAAUCUUUUGGCCUGUUCAAACUGAAUAA